GAGUUAAGUUUGAGAAACCAAACAGGCUUGUGACAGCCAUCUAGAAACAGAAUAUCACAACAACGAACAUGCUUGCUAAGCUUCUCAUCGCUUUCUCCGCCGUGUGCCUCGCUAGUCUAUUGGCCGAGGCGGCUCUCCCUAAACCCCGAUCUCGCUCCUUCGGGAGUCAAUUUCUGGACCAGACUCUGAGACGUCGUGGAGGAAGAGGUCGUAAGCCCGUGACCCCUAAACAGUGCGAGGCUUCCGGUCACGCCGAGAUCGUAAAACCCAAGGACUUCAUCACACCCGGAUGGAAUGAGGAACAAAGAAGACAGAUCAUUGAGAACGUCAGGAUGAACCAGGAAGAAUGGAACAGAAUGCAGGCUUUCAAUCAAUAUUACAAUCCACUGGAUUACAGUGAAUACGGCUACUUCAAGAAGGACACUUACGAGUUUGGGUGUAAAGACGUGUGUAUCCAGAAGAGAGUGCCUGUCUUGGGGGCUUACCUUACUAUUGAGGACCACAAUGGAAUGAACGGUACCUACCCCUGUUAUGUAGCCCCCACCCAGAGGCUCUGGUACACGACCUGUGGACAGAAACUGCCCGAACUGACCGUCAAGAUGAGCCCCGCCUACCAGUGUCUCCCCAAUAUGAUCCAAGAACGUGAGGUCAUCAUGUACUGCCCCGACAUUGUCCCCCAGUGUCGCACCAGGACCUUCGCCCUCCCACAAGCCUGCGAACUCUCUGAGGUUAAAUGUGUAUCCACCGUACCCAAAGGAAACCCCUUCGCUAGAUUCAUGAGAGGCUAAACAAAUAUCUGAUUCUAUUUCAAGAAAGAAAUUAACAUGAUAAUUAUCAAGGAAAUGCUAUUAUUGUUAAAGACAAAAUUCUGAAGUUUCAAGAAAAAAUAGAUGUUUUCAUGUGUAGUGAAAUUUUCACAUAAUUUUUAUUGGGUUUACUUCUUUCUAAAUUUUGUUUGUUAUCGUAACAUCUUGGUUACUUCAAAAUAUCUGGUUCGUAUCUUUUCAAAUGUUUAAAAAUAAUUAUAAAUGUGUUUGUUGAUUGUUGUCAAAAUAUCUCAAUGAUGUAUGUACCUUUGUACCAAUUUAUUGUUACACUUGACUGUGAUAAUAGGGACUUGAAAUGACUGUUAUUUGUUUAUGAUUUGUUUAUAUUUUUUAUAAUUUGUUUAUAUUAUGGAAGCAGAAUUUACCAACACAGUCCACACGCUGUAGUUCAGUAAGUUCUACUUCCUAUAAUGUGGAAUCCAAGGUUGCCAAAUCCUCAUUCUAUAUGUGUAUCAUUCAUCUCCUAUAUGUAAUUGUGUAUACAUGUGCCUGACGCGAGAGAGAUAGAGAGAGAGAGUUAUCUUCUUAUGUGCAAUAUUUUUUGUGCAAUAAAUCUUUUGCAUAUAAAUAA